AUGGUCCCGCUCUCAGGCCGGCAGGCUCAGCGGCGGCGGCAGCGACGCGGACGGGCGCCCGCUCGGAAGUUUCGGGGACUCCGGGGCGCGGCUCCGAGCCCGCCGCUCCUCCAUGCCCCUGACGCCGAGGCGUGCGGCUGGCUGGCGGCCCCGCGGCACUCUGGCGCUCCGGGGCUGGCAGAGCCGGGCCUGCGAAUCGAGCGGGGAGGCGGGCGCCGGCGCGCGGCGGCGGCGGCGGCGGCGGCGGCGGCUGCUUGGGCGCGGCGCGCGCUCUUAGGCGGCGCGGGGCAUCCCGCCGCCGGCGCUCAGGCGCUGGGGAGCGCGGCUCGGGUCCUGGACCUGCCCCGGGCAGCCGGGCACCCGGGCAGCUGCAGCCGCGAGCGCGGGGGCUGCAUGAGGCUCUCCAGGGCGCCGGCCAAGGGCGAAGGCGCGGCCCGGCCCCGCCGCCCCGGCUGCCCGCGGGCCCCGCGCCCGGCACGCGCGCCCGUCGCCUUUGCCCUCAGGUCGCGAGGCGCGGGAGCCGCGAGGGCGGACGGCGCCCGCCGCAAGUUUGCAGAGGAGCCCCCCGCAGCGGCUGCGGGCGAGGUGCCGGUGCGCAGCCGCCUCCCCGGGCGAGGGGCACUGCUGCUCCGGGUCGUUCCGCCCAGGCGCGGGCACGCAGACACACUCGCACACACUGGCUGGCACCGCCACAACCCGCCAGCCGGUGUGACAGGAGCCCUGCUACCCGCAGCAAAAACCUGCCCUAGAUAAUGAAUGGAUGUAUCAUCAAAAUGGAGUAACUGUCCCUCGAGCAUCUCCCCCCCCCCAACCCCGCCUUGCUUGACCCAAGUGGAGAGUGACAGUGUGUUGAAGGUGAACACGAUGCAGUUUGAUUCUGUGGCGCAGUAUUUUCAAUCCUUGAAUGGUGGACUCUGUGGAUGUGGAAGCCAGGAUACAGACGGCCAACUGAAUAAUAUCGCAUUUCAGAGAUAAGGAAACUUAACCAAGAAAACUAGGUGAAAGCAGAGCCAGAAGUAGAAACCACUUACAUCCCUGAAAUACAUUCAAAUCACCAUCGAAGAAAUCCAAAGAACAACAGCAGAGCCCAUAAUUUCCGUUCUCCUCUCUUGAGAUCCUUCGGAGUCAAGAGGAAGGAAGAGACAAGAGAACUGCAGUAGAACAAUUAAACUGCAACAGAACAAUUAAAUUAUUUUCCUUCUCCCUCUGGCUUUAUAGGCAAAGCUGAGCAGUCUCUAUAUCCUGCCUUAUUUUGGAACCUAGUCUGUGACUUUCCAGAUAAACAAGGGAAAAACCAUGACAAUCUUAACAUGAUUAGAUCAUUAUUAAAUUACUUAGGAGAAUUUCAGAAGAAGAUAUUAUAGCAAACAAAUAUAACAGCUAGGCUGCUAACAAAAUGUAUGUUUCCAUAAAUAAGUGCACCUUCAAUAUUUUUCAAAGAACAUUAUCCCCGAAGAUAUGUUUUUGCUUUCAGUAAAAUAACUAAUAAAGUGCCAUCAUUUCCUUGAGGUAAACACAAGGAAAGCAAUUCAUAGAAUCACACAAUUACAUAGAUAAUUCAGGCACACAUCCAAGUAUUCACUUUUAAUGGUAGGUAACUGGUUGUGUAAACAGGCUGUCUCAGGUGUGGUCUUCCUAUUUUAGCGCUGGAACUUGGUAUGAACCUAAUCAGAGCUCUUAAAUCACAUGCAAUAAAGAGGCUUCCUUAUCUGCAAGGGCAGAGCUCAGAUUCAGGCGAAAAUGAGUAGAAACUUUCUAAAAUUGAAUGCUCUCCAGGUAAAAAGGAAAAACAUGUUUGCAUUCAGCCUACUAUAGUUACUCCACGAUGACACCAGCUGGCAAUUGUUUCUGGCUAACAGA